CCUAAUUGGAGUCGUGUGAUGUGAGGUUUCGUGUUGUUGCUCUUGUUGCAGCUUGUGUAAUAUUGAUCGAGACGUGCCAAGUGGAACACUGCUACCCGGGAAUAAAAUGUUAAAUAUAUAGCUUUACGGUGGCCCACGCACCAUGCACGUCCCAGCUGAAGCCCCCGUGUCCAGGUGAACCUCCCCACCCCGGGUCCAGUGCUCUCCCUCAAACAGGAUGGCUCCUGAACACCUGAGCAGCCCAACACCUCAGCCCAGUGCUGCCUAUUUUUCAUGGGACUUUCGUUUCCAGCUCAUUGGCUUGGGCUUUGGCUUCUAUUCCUCGGUUUUCCUCCUCUCACACCUCUUGUCUCUGACACUGUCCCGCACGUACAACUCUCUACCAGCCAAAGAGAAGGUUUUUUGGAACCUUGCAGCCACCCGGGCAGCAUUUGGGAUCCAGAGCUCCGUAGCUGGCCUUCGGGCUCUGACCGAGGACUCUGCGUUGAGCAGACGCAGGGUGCGGGGUCAGGAGGACUGGUCCUGGUUCCACGUCCUCACAGCCACAGGCUUCUUUGUGUUUGAGAAUGUAGCACUUCAUGUUUCCAAUGUGGCAUUUCGGUCAUUUGACCUCCCGUUGGCCACACACCAUUUCUUUGCCCUGUCUGGAUUUGCAGGGGCAGUGGUGUGGGAUUCCCAGGGCCACUAUCUGGCCAUGGUUACGCUCCUGCUGGAAAUGAGUACUCCAUUCACCUGUAUAUCCUGGAUGUUGCUAAAAGCUGGCUGGGCCCACACACUGUUCUGGCGAGCCAACCAGUGGGUGAUGAUCCACAUGUUCCACUGUCGCAUGGUGCUCACGUAUUACAUGUGGUGGGUAACGGUGACCCUGUGGGAAGAGUUUAACACCUACGUGGCCCUGCCCCAACGUCUUCUCUUCCUUUCUGGACUUGCUUUGCUCACAUUUGUCAUCAACCCCAUCUGGACGCACAAGAAGACCAUGCAACUGCUAAAUCCUGUGGACUGGAACUUUGGCAAUACCCCGGCACCAAUGAAUGGUACCGCAGAAGGUCAGUCCAAGGUUUCUCUCAAACCCCAUUCCAACUGAGGACCAUCAAAGUGCUAAUUUCUUAUACGAAUUGUAUAAGACAGACUUUGUUUAACAUGAGAAACAAAAGCACUCUUGCUGUGAGGUCAAGAAUAAUUAUCCCGUGUCAUCAUGCAAAGGGUUACAGCACAGUCUUCCAUUAGAUAUUCUUUAUCAGUUUUGACAUAGGCUUGCUUUUUUUUUUUUUUUUUUUUUACCUUUCUUUUUGUAUUUUAGGCUUUAGAUUUUGGGUUAUGGGCAGUGGAAUGAGGGCCUGCCUGUUUGCAUCACCCGCUCAAGCAAAAUGGGUGGGGGAUAUUUUGAUAUUCCUAACGUGAAACCUGUAUGAGAUCAUUUUCUUUCUUGAAAAGUAACUUGGUUGCACAUGUUUGUAAAGUUUUGUUUAGUGAGAGGAAAAACCAUCAACGAUCUGCAGAAAAAGCUGUAAUACUGCUGAGACAGUAGUUGAGAAACAAAAUCCUGUUAUCUCUUUUUUUUUUCUUGCAGCAGCAGUGUGUGGUUUGUUGCUCUUGAUGAUGAUCUAGUACAAAAAGUUUUCUACUAAAUCAGAAGAGGCUGUGAUAUGUAUCAGACAGGGUAGAUGUUUCCUUUCUGAAUGGUGAAGUCAAUAAAGUGGUGCUGCCUUUUUUUUCUAACUCAGUGCACGAGAUGCUGUUUAAAUUGAAUUAAACUUAAAGAAUAAGCUUUUUCAACUCAGCACUUAAACUUAUAUUAACUUGGAUCUUAACUCCCUCUCCAGGGAGAGAAGCAGUUUUUUCUUCUUCUUUUUCAUUGCUGUGGAAGGAACGGGAUUUUCUGUGGUGGAAGAAAGCUUAGUUACAAAAGCUUUAUUGUUCAACACAGAGAUACUGGGCAGUGAAACUGAAGCAGAGUUGACAAAAGUAAAAUAAAUUGACAUUUAAACCACAAUGUAUUUAUAUAGGCAAAAUGGUUUAAGCAGGAAAUGUUUUUUUUUUGUUUUUAAAGAUUCAUUGGCAGAAUUCUAUAAGAUUUUUUUUUACUUUUGAACACAUCAUUGUCUUGUAUGAUGCGUGUUAAUUAUCUCAACUCGGGCCAAUUAAACUUUUUAUUUGUUCCUGCUACAAACAUUCACAUUUCUUUUGCAAUUUCAGACAUUUCUUCACAACAUAACUGCUGCAUUCAAUUCAUUUUGUUAAUAGUGUCAUGAUUUAAGUACAUUUCAUUUUUACCACCAGUAUUAAUCUACAGUAUGAGUCUUAAAUAAUGCAAUCUUACCUCUUGACUGUGAUCUGAAAGAUGUUAUUCAAUAAGCAAAAAAUGAUGUGCGCAACUAAGUAUUUAUUUAGCAUUUUGGAAAUUGUUAUUUUUAAGCCUCUGAGCAUUUUCUUUCCAGUGUACUUAACAUUUUCUGUUACUGGUGUAAUUGCUGAGUUUCAUAUGCUCUAUAAAUUUGACACAUGAGCUGAUGUAAACAGAAGUGAGCUACGUUUGACACAUUGUGAUUGUCUUGAUACUAUUAACCUGUAUAUUGAUGGACAGCAGAGACCGAAGAAGUUGAUUCAAAAUAAUAAAUGAAUUAAACAAUGAAAUUGA